UGCGCGGCCCCGCGCGUCGCCGAGCAGACAGGAAGCUGCUUCGCCUCUCCUCUCGAGCGUGUGGAGUGCCGAGCUGCGCGAGCUGGCAGUAAGAUUUCUCUCCGCGCUCGCGCUGUCCGUUUUCCUUUCCACCGAUUGUAACGGAUGAAAUUGUAACAGGCGACAUCUCACACGCGAAUUCUGACCUUUUUUUUUUUGUUAUUACUUUUGUUACCGAACGAGAGACUCUUUACUCUUCGUCGUGUCCGACCGAGUGAUCCGUUUUCUCCGCCCGAGUCCCACAGACAAAAGGGCGUGUGUGUGUGUGUGUGUGGGGGGGGGUUCCAGGGAGUGAUUCCUCAAGAAAAGAAGUCUUGCAUGUUGAUACUGCACACGGUGUGAAUACUUUUUCUUCGACCUCGUUUGGAGAACUCGCUUAAGGAUGGGGUGCACCUUAAGCACGGAGGACAAGGCGGCCGUGGAGCGCAGUAAGAUGAUCGACAGGAAUCUGCGGGACGAUGGCGAGAAGGCGGCCCGGGAGGUGAAGCUGCUGCUGCUCGGUGCUGGGGAGUCAGGGAAGAGCACAAUCGUCAAACAGAUGAAGAUCAUCCAUGAGGCUGGCUACUCGGAGGAGGAGUGUAAGCAGUACAAAGCCGUGGUUUACAGCAACACAAUCCAGUCUAUUAUCGCCAUCAUCCGCGCCAUGGGCCGCCUGAAGAUAGACUUUGGGGACCCCGCCCGGGCGGAUGACGCAAGGCAGCUGUUUGUGCUGGCGGGCUCUGCGGAGGAGGGCUUCAUGACAGCAGAGCUGGCGGGGGUCAUCAAGCGGCUGUGGAAGGACGCUGGCGUGCAGGCCUGCUUCAGCCGCUCACGGGAGUACCAGCUCAAUGAUUCUGCUGCAUAUUACCUGAAUGACCUGGACAGGAUAGCCCACAACACUUACAUCCCCACCCAGCAGGAUGUUCUGCGGACCAGGGUCAAAACUACAGGCAUCGUUGAGACCCACUUCACCUUCAAAGACCUGCACUUCAAAAUGUUUGAUGUGGGAGGUCAGAGAUCAGAACGCAAGAAGUGGAUACACUGCUUUGAAGGGGUUACAGCAAUCAUUUUCUGUGUGGCACUGAGUGACUAUGACCUGGUCCUGGCUGAAGAUGAAGAGAUGAACCGGAUGCAUGAAAGCAUGAAACUGUUCGACAGCAUCUGCAACAACAAGUGGUUUACGGACACCUCCAUCAUCCUGUUCCUCAAUAAGAAGGACCUGUUUGAGGAGAAGAUCAAGAAGAGCCCCCUCACAAUCUGCUACCCAGAAUACGCAGGCUCCAACACUUACGAGGAGGCAGCAGCCUACAUCCAGUGCCAGUUUGAGGACCUGAACAAGAGGAAAGACACCAAGGAGAUCUAUACCCACUUCACCUGCGCCACCGACACCAAGAACGUGCAGUUUGUCUUUGAUGCUGUUACUGACGUCAUCAUCAAGAACAACCUGAAGGAUUGCGGCCUCUUCUAGGGCAGGGCUCUUUUUUUAGACUGCCACUAGCAUUUAACGGAGAAGAAUACUUGAGGGGAAAAUCAAGAAUGCACCAGUAAUGUACCAUAUGCCAGUUUUAGCAGCUUUUAUUUAUGUUUUUUGUCUUGGAUUAUUUUAAAAUAGUUAUAGAAAACAUGUGUAGGAUUUUUGUACUAUUGUAACUGUUGCAGCCACUUUCCAACCUUUCCUUUUUAAAGAUGUUUUCAUUUUGCUCUCUUCCAUUUUCUGCCCCUUUUAGAAAGGUUUGUCUUGUGGGGUGUGGGCAGGGAAACGGUAGGAUUCUUUGAGUCCUCUAUGUAGGUACUUGUGCCUUCGCAUGCCUUUUGAGUCCUUGUUCGGUGCGUCGUCUCGGCCUGCUUCGUUGUCCCACCAUUCGCUGUGAAGUUUGAUGUUCAGUUGUCCGCCGCCUCCUCCACCGACGUGUGCCCGUCACCAUGGGACCUGCGUGGAAAUCGACCAGAGUUCGCUGGAUGAAAUGGCACUCCGUGCACAUGGUUACGACUGCCGGGUUGCCACAACAACCCGAGAUGUGCAACACAAUAUGGCGCGAAAGCAGGUUGGAAGUGGGUCGUGAAAAGGGAAUCUUUUGAAGAUGAUGUGGUGUCUUUAUUUUCUGCCUUUUUUUUUUUUUUUUUUUUUUUUUUUUUUUUUUAAAAAAGUGGAAGAAAAUGGCAGUUAAGUCGGGAGGAAAUUGUUUCUACUUAUACAAUGUUGUGAAAGAGGAGGGUUCAGUUACUGUAUAUUUUGAAUUAAAUUGACUUGGAGAAAUGUUUGGUGUAUAGAAGAGAAAGAGGGCUUCAGUAGUGUAAAAUACUGCAAUGCUUUUAGGGACCGUUUCUAAGUAAGGUUAACAAAUGUGGGGAAACACGGUUAUUUUAUGUAACCAAGAGAAACUGCCACAACUCUCUAGCUGUGCUCUCUGUGAGUGGGGAACUCUUGUAGACUCAUGUCCCUUAUUUUGCUAAUAAAAGACCAUUAACA